AUGGGGAGGACAACAACAAUCUCGCUAGCUUCAGCCAUGCACAAGUCAAACUCAAACAUCCCAUGUAGAAGCAAAAAUAUCUACUUUGGAGCAAAUGAUGGCAAAACAACAAAUACUCUAGAAUGGCAGCAAUCUACAAUGGAAGUUAGUGCUUCUGUUUCAAAGUUGGAAAUUCAGCUGGGUCAGUUAGAUAAUCAGGUUAAUGAUCGUGAAAAAGGGAAAUUCCCUAAUCAACCUGAACAAAACCCAAGAAAUCAAGAGCACCUCAAGGCCAUCAAGACGCUCAGAACGGGAAAAACUUUUGACAAUAGGCCGAACAUUGAAUUUGAGGAAGAGGAAGCUCAUAUUGAAAGAGGCAUGCAACAUGUGCCAUCCAAUGCCACAGCCGUGACAUCACUUGUGCCAAAUGCUAUGUUGGAAGCGCGAGCCCUUACGCAAGAGCCCAACUCUCAUGAAAGCAAUGCCUGGGAUUUUGGUACCUUGUUUGCACCCUCUAAAAAACCACCAUAUACUCCGCCAUUGCCUUUUGCUAAGAAAAAUAGGUCGGUCACUUACCCACUUGGAGUUCUGGAGAAUGUCAUCAUCAAAGUGGACUGGUUCUACCUGCCAGUGUACUUCGUGGUCUUGGACAUGGAAGAAGACAAGGAUGUACCUUUGAUAUUUGGGAGACCUUUCAUGGCCACUGCUAGAACCUUAAUAGACGUUGAAGAAGGCACCCUCACCAUACGCAUUAUGGAUGAAUCAGUGGUUUUUAAAUUGUUUGAUGUUUCCAAGAAACCACACAAUGAAGAUGAGUGUUUUCGCAUUGAGGUAGUGAAAUUUGCGUUCUUGAGAAAUUCAACUUCAUAUAUUAUUCAAGCUUGCCUCACUAGACCAAAAGAGUGCUUUAAAGGGGAAGAUGACAUGUUAGAGCUCAUUGCCGCACUUGACAAAGCUCCAAUUCAGUAUCCAAUUAGGCGCCAUUCCUUUGAAGCUCUUGGUCCACCAAAGCCGCCCCUCCCACCUUCCAUUGAGCGACCACCAAGGCUGGAACUCAAACCAUUACUAGUUCAUCUUAAGUAUGCGUAUUUGCAAGCCUCAAACACAUUACCAGUAAUCAUUGCAGCAGACUCGAAUGAGACUGAGGAUAAAUUGUUGAGGUUUCUGAGGGAAUACAAGACAGCCAUUGGAUGGACUAUUGCAGACAUUAAAGGUAUUAAUCCCGCCCUGUGUAUGCACAUAAUACUGUUAGAAGCAUAUGCUAAACCUACUAUUGAAGCUUAA